CAACACUGAAGUCGAUGCAGAGGCGUCUACGGCUGGUCCUCUUGCGAAUUGAAGCCCCAUAUAAUAUAGCUAGAACAGCGCAGGAGUUAACUCUAAUUCCGUUUAUUUACGGAUGGUGCACUUCUCCGUGGAGCUUCUAUUAAAUAGUCAUUGCUUUGGUUGUCAGAAAGGACAUAAAGUUUUCGAUUUCCUCGAGGGUAUCAUGCUGAAUACCGAGGAAAGUUCUUCGUUAGUGGGCUCCAGGCUCCACUGCUCCAGGCACCAGGCUCCGGGGCCUCUGUGGUGCUCCGAUGCCCCUCACCCACACUUGAAGAUCCCGGGUGGGCGAGGGACUGGCAGGGAUCACUCUCUCGGCGUGUUACUACACAAGGACGAGAGGCUGACGGUGACGCGGGCAGCUCCUGUCAAUGGGACACCCGCCAUUCUGCACUUCCACUACCAACUGAGUGAGCGCCGCGCGGCCUGCUGGGAAACAGCCCUCUCCUCGGACAGCCUCUUUCUGGAGAUCGCCGCUGGGGCACUGGCGGAGGGCAGCAAAGAGGGGCUCACCAGCCUGCUGGAGUUUGCUGAGGAGAAGCUGAAUGUCAACUACGUGUUUUUGUGGUUUGAUAGAGCCAGAGAGGAUAGAUUAUCCAUCAUAAAGACUUUCCACUACAUGGGCUUUGUGGUGGUGAAGCCCGGCAACCCUCUGGUGCCGGCUCGGACAGACCUUAUCUUCAUGGUCUACUCUCUGGAAAACAGCAGCUCCGAUGAGGAGUGAAUGAAACAUUGCAACACCGGUCCACCCUGCCACUCCCUAGCCCACCCAUGACCCCCACAGAACCCCUCCCACCAGCUGCCUUCUUCCCCGUUCCCCAUCCUCAAACUGUGUGCCCCCUCCUUAACCCCAAAGAUAAACUCUCCCACCCAAACCUCCACCUUUCUUCUCAUUGAUUGGGUUGUCUCACUUUUGUAGACUAUUAUAAGAGGGGUGUGCUGCUUGGAGAUGCUAAGAUCUCUGUGGUGAUGCAUCUUCCCCUGAUGAGCACAGCGGUGGAGCAGGGAAGGGCGGAGCUUGGACUGAGUCAUCACCCGAUUGGUUCAGAUUUGACUAAUCGCCCCACCGAUGGGCUCCACUCCAUGCCUGGCUUAACCUGCCUGCCCACGACAAUCCAACAGGGUAACCUUUUGGGUGGUUGGUGCUGGAAGAAAAAUCAUAUCUAUACUCUGACAGCUUGCACAGAAUAUCAAAGAGCUAACUUUGGUCUUUUAAUGUACAGUAGUUUCUAUACAAAGCAGGGCUUGUUUAGUAGGGACAGCAAUGUAAUGGGUAGCAUAAGGGAAUUAUCUUAAGGGUAUAUUUGCCUGGGUAUGGUUGGGUCAACAUGAAUUAAUGAAUUGUUUUGCUUGUAUUUUUUCUAUGAUAGGGACGAGUAUAACACUGAUCUUUCCGUUACAAUUGCAUUCAUUCUAUAACAUAUAAAUAUAUAUAUUCUCAAACUGUUGGGUAUAUUAAGUCAUCAUUCCUACUUUUGCAUCACUAGCUAUGAUCUUUCAGCUUACGGUUUUCUUCUCUUAUCCGAUUCUGGUCAGCGUGAUAUUAGUCUCGCCUGAUAUUUGAAAGCUGAGCGAAGGUCGUCAUUGGGUCAGGGCAAUCUAGUUCACUGCUCUCUGCAGCAAUGACGUGUGUUCCCCUCACCUGAGGUCGCUCAGCUACGCAAUUAGCCUGUGAAACUAACAACACCUGAAUUAUUGAGCCAGUAGAGGUACAUCGAGAAGGGUGGAAGAACAUUAAACAUUAAUGUUGCAUUCCAUUCUCACUCGGCUCAUAAGUCACAUCCUAAACAGUUGCUGGAAAAUUGCAGGGGAAAAAAUGGCUAGACUUAGCCCUCAUCAUUUUUGCUAAUACAUUGAAGCGAUAAAAUAAUUUGGCUGAGAUGACUCUUCCUGGUUUCAAUCCCAGUUCAAAUUCAUAUCUUCAUAUACAGUUCAAUCAACCAGAGCCCUUUUGUACUAUUAAUACCAUCCCCAACAACACCCCUGCUCAGUUGAAACUAUUUUGAGAGGGUUGUGGUGGGGCCUUUUCCGCCUAACAAAAGUGUUCUCUUUUACACUUCAGUCUUACUGUAGAAUGUUCUACUGUAGAACAAGUAAGUAUGUUCUUACUGUAGAAUCUUCCCACAUUCAUCCCUAGCUACCCAAAGCAACGGGGCAAAAAGGAAACCAACCCAUGAAGGGAAAUGUACGAUACAAGCACUUUAGGUAGACACGUAAAAUCGAGUGGAAGUGCAUUAGGGUCCAACAUGGAGAUGUGGCCAGCACCUUCUAUUUUGUUUUGCCGCGCAAACCUGACAAUUGCCAAAGAAAUGGUUCUCCAUUCAGCAGUAACAGUUAAAAGGUUCCUGUCAACAGUAAUCCUAUAGGACACUGGUUUAAGUUUCUCUCUCACACUAACAAGAUCCCUAAAACAGUGCUAGGGUGACCUGGUUUGUUCAGGAAAGCAAUAUACAAAUACAUUCCCCUACCAAUAGCUUUUUGUCUCAGAGGAACAUGGUCAAGAGUGAUCUGUGCUUGGGAUCCUAUGUGCAGGGGGCUUUCAUUUUUGCAUGUGUGUAGAUCUUGAGUCUUCAUAGAUGGGUUAGCUGACAACGUCACGAAAACGAUACGCACGCUUCAAUGGGGCAGAAGUCUGUGAGGAGUUGUGAUUCUGAAUGGCCAGAUAGCUACCAACAAUGACAAGAAACUGCCAUGUAGGGAAUGGUAAGUGACUUGUUGUAGCUAGUUUCAUCAUGUUCUUGAUACCAUGUCUUGUUUUGAGGGGUUUUGACUGAUUUCAUGUCAAUGCUAAUAUGGCAAAAUGUUGCUAGCUAGUUAACCAACAACUGUAAAGAUAUAUUUGAGAGACAAGUGUUCAUUGUGCAAAUGCAUUUAUGAUUUCAAUAAACAAUGAAGAAAUAUGGUUUACACGUUGUCAACAAUCAAAGCCAACCCCGUCUGUUUUGCCUCAUAGUUGCGCACGCAUCAGUUGUGUUGCUAAACAACCAACCUGUCUAUAGCUAUUGAAUGAGCCGUGACGAUAAGGAUAAUGUCUAUUCAUCUUCAGAGUUAUAUUUUUAUGUAUCUUUCUUGGUUGAUUGUUUCUUUCUUAUAGCCUAGUUUAUUUUUCUUUUGUGUACAGUGGCAUACAGAGAUAAUCAUUCAUUCAAUGACAAUCCAUACCUGUAUAACUUUUUCUGUAUGGAAAAAAUAUAUAAAAUGGUUUUAAUUUA